GUAACAUCUGCAGAAAACUGACUUGUGGUGUGCCUCGAUAAUGUUGAGCUCGCCAUGAGUUUGAAGCCCUACGAAGUGGACCUUGACGAGGUGUCUCUUAAAUCAUACAGACGAAGUAGCCUGAUCAUAGCAAAUUAGCAUCUUGCCCCUGUGGUCAUCAUGAUGGUGUUCUCAAGAUCACAGCGAAGGUCAGCAUUGACGUCAGAAACCGUUUCCUUUCAUGAUUUCAGGACGAUCAACGAACUCAUUGGACAAGAAGCUAGAUGCAGUGGAACGUAAUGUCAAAGGCACUGCACUACAGAGCAACCAAAUCGACCGGCGCGUGGGCUACUAUUCAAAACACCCUGUGAUUGACCAGGUAGAGCUCCAUAUCUUGUCAAAAUGGCUCCACUUCUCGCGGAAAAUCUCCACCACUUCAUUGUCAAAAGCUUGUUGAAGUACUCGGCGAGCGCUAGAACGCUGUUCAUUGCCUAUCAUGGAGUAGCUCACUGGUUCAGUUUUCUGGAGAUUUCUCUGCGCUCAUUGGAAAAAAAAAAUCCUCUUGUUAUCCUUAUAUCUCUCCCUUGCAUUCAAUUCCACCAUUCCAGAACUCCCUUCUGCUCGUGCUGCUGUCCUCGCGAUUCGACGAGCCUUAGCGAUACAGCAAGGUACUGACUUACGUGGGAAUGCGCGAUCAUGGACGAAGGCAGCCCCAGACGCCCCCGAGCUAGGUCAGAAGCGACCAGCCAGAGUAGAAUGGAAAUCAACAGGGAGAUGUCGCCAACAUCACUUAGACGCGGCGUGAGUGAUUCUGCCAACUAUAGCUCUCCCACUCGUGUCACGUCAGGAGUGGACACCUCAAGAGAUGUAGAACCUGACGGGAUCCGACGCCGCAGUACUGUCCGCUCAGCGCGGACCGGCAGUUUGGCCCAGCGAACGACCCUAGCGGAGCGCACGCAGGGACAGUUCACCAUGGGGGGUCCAGAGGACGGCCCCCAGCUACGGCAGGCACAUGAACCCUUUGUCCAGCCGGGCUAUUCACAUCUGAACCCCUCCUAUGAACAGCCCGCAAAUGCAAAGCCCGUCUGGUCUCUCGCAAAGCCCCUGCCGCGUGUGGUGCGGGCGGGCAUGGUCCCUACGAAGGAAGAGCUGCUCGAUGCGAGGCUGCAGCCAGAACGUCCGGCCGAAAACUCGCAGAAGCUUGGGCUGGAUGUGGAUCCGAAUGACUUGGAGCAAGGCCAAAUUCCUAAAAUGGCGGAUCCCCGGAAAAUGGCCGCGCAGGUGGAGGACGCUCGCCUUCAGCGCGAAAACAACUUUGUCAAUAAGGUCCUCACCGGAGAGGUUGUCUCCUCGCGCAUAUCACGGACUUCCUCUACCCGCCGACGUCGCCCGUCAGUCCGGAUUGAUGCCUCGAGCGAUCAGCUUUCUACCGUCCCAGAAGGGCCGAGUGCAGUCCCGAGCAUAGCUUCCGUUCAGGCUGGAGAAGGCCUGCCGCAUGGGAGUGAUGAACCCCUUGAGACCGUGCCGGAGCAGCCGGAAGUGCAGACUGCCGCGGCGGAUGCCCUGCCCGACCUUUCGGCUCUGCAUGAAUCAACCCUCCCGGACGAUCUGCAUCCACUAGUGCAGGAGCUGGUGGAAGACGAAGUACACAACAAUCAUACAACCUGGUCCGUUAUUCGCACUCACCAUCGUGAGGCGCUAGCUGAAUCCCUGGCGGUAUUUGUCCAGCUGACCAUUGGCUUCUGUGCUGAUAUAUCUGUCACCGUCGCCGAUGCCGGGAAUCCCAAUACAACUGCGUGGGCGUGGGGCUUUGCUACCAUGAUGGCGAUCUAUAUCUCCGGUGGUGUCUCGGGUGCUCAUCUCAACCCGAGUAUAACGAUUAUGUUAUGGUUUUAUCGUGGCUUCCCCAAGCGUAAGAUGCCGGAAUAUUUUCUGGCGCAAUUCGUGGGGGCUUUUGUUGCGGCACUGACUGCCUACGGGGUGUACUACCAAUCAAUUCAUCAGUACCUCCUUACCCACCAAGAUACGGGGAUCGUGACCAGCUUCGUGACCGGCCAGCGUCAAUCAUGGAUCGACCCAGCAACCGCCUUCUUCACGGAAUUUCUCGGGACGGCCCUCACGGCCACAACCAUCCUGGCCUUGGGUGACGAUCAGAAUGCACCGCCUGGGGCGGGCAUGAACUCGCUGAUCGUUGGGCUGAUGGUGUAUGUGCUGUCGAAUACUUUCUCCUACCAGACAGGGGCUGCAUUCAACCCCAGUCGAGACUUCGGGCCACGCCUGGCUCUUCUCGCUCUCGGUUAUGGGUCCAAUCUUUUCACGAACCCUUACUGGUUUUACGGGCCAUGGGCCGGCUCUCUAUGCGGUGCUCUGAUCGGUGCGUUCCUGUACGAUUUCAUGAUCUUUACUGGUGGUGAGUCGCCAGUGAACUACCCUUGGGAACGUACUCAACGCUCGCUGCGGAAGAGCCGUACCAAAUGGAAAAGGCGAUUACGCUUUGACCGUCGACGACGCGGCAUCCCCGACAAGGUGGUUGCUUAAUGUAGCUAAUUGAAGGGCGGAUCGAGUCAUUGAACCCUGCGUGGAGGUUUCUUUUCUUUCCUUUUUGAACCGAUGGGUUAUCUCUAGAAUCUCAUUUAUUUCGCGCUGGUCGUUAUUUUCUACUGUAUAUAGACCAUCUAGAGUGAUAUAGAACGCU